CUUUACUUUGAUUAUAUACUACGUUAUCAAAUAAUAUUCUAUAAUAAUAAUAAUACGAUAAUUGAACGUGUUAAUCCUUGCCUCCGCGCUUUAUAAUUUGUGUUGAUUAUGAAUGAGCACGUCACACGCAGGUCAGCCACAAUCUUAUCAUUUGCUGUUUAAAUGUUUGUGCUUUGAUCCAGUGAAGUCAGUUAACUUGAAGCCAGUUGUCAAUGUACAUAGUAAUUCCAAGAGUGCCCAAGAAAUCGAUAGGACUUUAUAUUUCAGUAUUCAAAUAAGACAGUGUUUAGUGAAAAUAUAAAAAUAUAAUUUAAUAUUGUGGAGUGUAAAUAUUGUGUGAAUAAAAUGCAUAUUCGCCGCAGCAAGGAUUUAGUAAAAUGGAUCUUCGAAAACCAGCACAAGUUCCAAACGGUGCGUUCUUGUAGUUCAUCGUUGCGAUACAAGGAGUUGGAGGAGAAUGCAGCGCAAGCGCAGGCCGAGCACGUGGCGCCGCCCAUGACCGCGGCCGACGACAAACCCCGCCCACACAUUACGCCUGAAAUCUCAUUCAAGCACGAAGAUUUGCAAGUAAGGCUAGCCGCGCCCUAUCAACUGAAUCCGAAACCAGAGGUGACCGACCUCGGUUUUGGCAAAUAUUUCACGGAUCAUAUGCUCAAAAUUAACUACUUCAAACAAUUAGGAGGAUGGCAAAAACCAGAGAUUGUGCCAUUCGAGAAUUUAAGCCUACAUCCUGCGUCCAAAGCUCUCCACUAUGCGAUACAGUUGUUCGAAGGACUAAAGGCGUACAGGGGGGUCGAUGAUAAGAUACGGUUGUUUCGGCCCGAUCUGAACAUGGAAAGAAUGAAUUUAGCAGCUCAAAGGUCUGGUCUGCCAACCUUUGAUGGAGAAGAACUUAUCAAGUGUGUCUCGCGACUGGUACAAAUAGACCAGGAGUGGGUUCCACAUUCAGAAACCUCUACCUUAUAUAUACGACCUACGCUAAUAGGAACCGAGCCUACUUUUGGCAUAAUGGCUCCUGAAUCGGCGCUACUGUUCGCUAUCCUCAGCCCAGUGAGCGCGUACUACAAGACUGGCGGCGACGGGGCCGUGUCAAUAUACGCUGACCCUAACGUUGUCCGCGCCUUCCCAGGAGGAGUCGGCAACCGCAAAGUCGGAUCCAACUAUGGGCCUACUAUCGAGGCCACAGCUCGAGCUGCUAAACUAGGUCACCACCAAGUGCUGUGGCUGUUCGGACCCAAUCAUGAGCUCACCGAAGUCGGCGCGAUGAACAUAUUUGUUGUUUACAUCAAUGAACAAGGAGAUAAACAAUUGAGCACUCCGCCUUUGAACGGGCUUAUAUUGCCUGGAGUGACGCGUCGCUCUAUCAUCGAGCUGGCGAGCCAAUGGGAAGAUUUAGUUGUCAAAGAAGAAGUCAUCACCAUGGACAGGGUCAUCGAACUGAACAAGAAAGGCCGAUUACUGGAAAUGUUCGGCGCGGGUACAGCCGUGGUGAUCAGCCCCAUAAGCAAAGUUGGAUUUUUGGAUCGGGAGAUCCACGUUCCGACUAUGAAGCAAGCCCAACCAGUAUUCCAGAGGGUGAAGGACACGCUGCUGGCGAUACAGUACGGUCACAUAGAACAUCCGUAUGCGAAGGUUAUAUCAUAGUGCUAACAAUGGGCGCUGAGCCGUCGCGUGUGAGUUUCACGUAAAACAUAAUGACAAUCUAAUUUUAACGUCGUAAGACGAGAACUGUGAAUAUAUCAGAAGCUGUUGUGUACUGGUCAAUAAUCAGAAAACUUUCUGUGCCUAACAUGUGUGGACGAUAAAUUAUAUUAUUUAAAUGAUAAAGUUUAUUGAUAAGUUAAGGUUACAUUGAACAGGAGGCGAAGAAUGUAUAAUGCUGCGCAUUUGGUACCACAAAAACUCGCCUAAUUAGACUGUUAUCGUUGGCGCUAUCAGUAUGAACGUGUUUAUUUUAUUUAUUUAUUCUUUAUCUAUUAUCUUCGGGAGGACGUAAGUAAUAGGUAUUAUUUCACUUUGCUGUGAAAUUUGAUUAAGUAUAAAGUGAAGUAAGUAAAAAAGAAACUUUGAAAACUUUCUAGGAUACUUGUAAUCAGUUGGGUUUGUCUGUUUUCCUGCGUACUAAUUCUGUUAUUUGACUGCUAGGGAGUUACCGCAAACUAUUUGGUUUGCAGGUGUUGCAAGGAUUGUAAAUAUAAUUUAAUAUUCUAGUUGUAAAUUUUAAUGAAAUUGUACAAUUUGUGAAGAGUGUUGUGUAAAAUUGUAUGUUGCAAACAGUGGACUAGAAAAUUUUCUGCUAUAUAAAUUACCUAAUUGUAAAUUCCCGCAAAUUACCUUUAACCAUGACUCCGUCAUGACAGACUUGUAAAACAAUGUGAUAUUUUAGUGUAAUUAUAUGUAACCCGAAACUUCUCUCUCUCUAUAUAUAUUUUGUAAAUUAUUGUAGAUAAUGUGUUGUUAGUAUUAGUUAUCAAAUACACUGAACGAUUUGUUUUUAAUGUGAUAAAAACAAUGAAGAAGUUCAGAUAGCGAAGAAUAUAUUUAGCUUUUAAAUUUCUAUAAAAUAUAAUAUACAACUACAUACCUAUCCACUUCUACAAUAAAAAAAACCGAAUAUUUUUGUCUGCUUCAGCAGUUACUCAACAGUAAGUAACGUUAUAUUUGUCGCGAUCAAAAAUAAAUUGAUUAAUCUUGUUCAUUAAGAGCGAUAUUUCCAAUUGUUUAAACAGACGAAAUUCCAUGUAAGCUUUACUGAUAACGUGCAUUUUUCUAGUCUAAGGUAAGAAUCUGUAUGAAUCGUUUGAUAUUUAUAAAUAUAUCAUAAUUUGAAACCUUU